AUGCGACUCAUCAAUUUCAAUCGACUGAAGGCGUGGCUACACACAUGCUUGACAGAUCAUGUGCAUCAAGAGCCUGAAGCUGCUUCUUCAAUCGCAAACCUUAGAGUUAUCGACUGCCACCAUAGUGGAAGAGUGGUGGUUCCUGCGCCAACCGAGUGCGAAUACGUUGCGCUCUCGUAUGUAUGGGGUGUGCAGGGACCUGGCAAUUUCGAAGAUGCUGAUGGUUUUCCACCAACAGUAAUGGAUGCAGUGAUAGCUACGAAGAAGUUGGGCUAUCGAUAUUUGUGGGUUGACAGAUAUUGCAUUGACCAGAGCGACGAGAACGACCAGCACAAUCAAAUCAAGCAGAUGGACUUGAUUUAUUCGCACGCCAAAGUAACAAUAAUUGCCGCUGCUGGUAAAGACCCAUCUUAUGGACUUCCCGGCGUCAGCCGAAAUAGCUUCGAAAAGGUUUAUACCGAGCCACUGAACAGCAAUUGGGCCCUGAAAACUGAGCUGCCGCCCCUAUUCAGCUGCUUUAUCACUUCAAACUGGUUUCUAAGGGCCUGGACAUUGCAGGAAGGAAUUCUAUCCAAAAGAAAACUAUGUUUUACAGACUAUGGCGUACUGUUUCUCUGCAAUUCGAAUACGACUGGCAACACGUGUCUAGAGUGUGAAAGCUUCAAGGAUCACGCGAAAAAAUAUAAGCAGUUGAGCAUUCCAAUGGAAUCGGCUAUGAACGGGAUCAUUCCCAACAACAUUCUAGAGGCGCAGACUUCCGAGGAGAAGCUUUCAAUAAUCAAGGUCUUUCUUGACGCAUACUCCCAGCGCGAACUGACCUAUGAAUCCGACUCCCUCAACGCCCUUCUUGGG